UUUGUCGCCUAGUCCCCUACCUUAAUUUCUAGAACGAAUCAUCGACUCGAAUGGCCCUCCACUCCUACUAUAUCCUCCCCCCGUCGGGCAUUCCCACCCUCUCUCUUCGUCCGACUCCGGCUCAGCGGUCGCCGCCCUCCGCUGACAUCUGCCUGAACAUAAAUUCCCUUCCCUUCUCUCCCCAACUUCUUUCCCUCUUUCUCUUCGUUCUUCACUCCCCAGACUUCUCACCUCCUUUACCUCUCAUCUAUUCUUAAUUUGUCGUGACUCAGGUCUAUUGACAGUUGUUGUGUCCUUAUCGCUAUCUGAUAAGCCCCUCACUUCACAUUCACAUCUUCCCAUUCAAAUACUCUUUUCAAGAUGUCCAACCUUCCUGUUGAGCCAGAGUUCGAGCAGGCCUACAAGGAGCUCGCCUCUACCCUUGAGAACUCCACUCUCUUCCAGAAGAACCCUGAAUACCGCAAGGCUCUCGCCGUCGUCUCCGUCCCCGAGCGUAUCAUCCAGUUCCGUGUCGUUUGGGAGGAUGACAACCACCAGGUUCAGGUGAACCGUGGGUUCCGUGUUCAGUUCAACUCCGCUCUCGGUCCCUACAAGGGUGGUCUUCGCUUCCACCCCUCCGUCAACCUUUCCAUCCUCAAGUUCCUAGGUUUCGAGCAGAUCUUCAAGAAUGCUCUCACCGGUCUGAACAUGGGUGGCGGUAAGGGUGGUUCCGACUUCGACCCCAAGGGCAAGUCCGACAACGAAAUUCGCCGCUUCUGUGUUGCUUUUAUGACUGAGCUUUGCAAGCACAUUGGUGCCGACACUGACGUCCCCGCUGGUGAUAUCGGUGUCACCGGCCGUGAGGUCGGUUUCCUCUUUGGCCAGUACCGCAAAAUCCGCAACCAGUGGGAGGGUGUUCUCACCGGUAAGGGUGGUACCUGGGGUGGUUCUCUGAUCCGUCCUGAGGCCACUGGUUACGGUGUUGUCUACUACGUCGAGCACAUGAUCAAGCACGCCACUGAGGGCAAGGAAUCCUUCGCCGGCAAGCGCGUCGCCAUCUCCGGCUCCGGUAACGUCGCCCAGUACGCCGCCCUCAAGGUCAUUGAGCUCGGCGGUUCCGUCGUCUCUCUGUCCGACAGCAAGGGCUCCCUUAUCGUCAACGGCGAGGACAGCUUCACCGCCGAGGAAAUCAACGUCAUCGCCCAGAUCAAGGUCGACCGCAAGCAGAUCUCUGAGAUCGCCAGCACCGAGGCCUUUGCCACCAAGUUCAAGUACAUCCCCGGUGCCCGUCCUUGGACCCACGUCGGCAAGGUCGACAUUGCCCUCCCUUCCGCUACCCAGAAUGAAGUCUCUGGCGAGGAGGCCCAGGCCCUCAUUGACGCUGGCUGCAAGUUCAUCGCCGAAGGUUCCAACAUGGGUUCCACCCAGGAUGCCAUCGACAUCUUCGAGGCCCACCGUGAGGCCAACAAGGGUGCUUCCGCCAUCUGGUACGCCCCCGGCAAGGCCGCCAACGCCGGUGGUGUCGCUGUCUCUGGUCUCGAGAUGGCCCAGAACUCUGCUCGCAUCAGCUGGACCACUGAGGAAGUCGAUACUCGUCUCAAGGGCAUCAUGGAGGACUGCUUCAAGAACGGUCUCGAGACUGCUAUCGAGUACGCUACUCCUGCCGAGGGAGUCCUUCCUUCCCUCGUCACCGGUAGCAACAUUGCUGGUUUCACCAAGGUUGCUGCUGCCAUGAAGGACCAGGGUGACUGGUGGUAAACAUUUCGGAAGCAAAAAGAAAAGUUUUCUCUUUGUCCACCUCUUUUUCUUUGAUUGACAUUUCCAUUGAUACCUCAGUUUUAUGAUGAUGAUCCAUUUUGGUUUCAGCGCGGUUGGUUGAUAGAGGCGCCGGUGUUUCGUUUUCUUUUUUUUUUUUGCCAUUUUUAAUCCGUCAUGAUCCUAAACAUGAUUUGAUGCGUGGCAUAUAAGCAUGAUUUAUGAAUAAACAUUAUAUUUUUUUAAAAAUCUUUCCUGUAAAAAAAAACUCUUCUAGCACAUCUCUUACCUGGGGCCAACUGUAGGAAUGCUUGAACAAAUCCAAGGUUCACCACUAAUUUUCUCUUUACAUAGCUAAUGCACCAAACAUUUCAUCCUAGUGAUUAU